AUCUGUGCGGUUCGCUCGUAGUCUUCUGUGUACGUUCGUCGGUUGCGGUUCUUGUGGUGUUUUCGUGAGCUUUCGCUGAUAACUGUUUCCAUUCCGGGUUCGCUUUCUAUAGGCCAAGGAUCCAAUACGGGCGGUGCAGUGCCUACUAUAUUGUCAGUUCGUCGGUGCCUCGUUCAGUGUGAGCUGCUAAUUUCAGUGCUCCUUGCUGUCUGUUUGUAUAUAUUUCGAACGUCUUUUCUAACGAAGUGGUGGCCUAGACCGAGGGGCAUCUUCAUAGAACCAUCGAUUUCGGUUGUAGCCAUCCUCAUACCGAACCAGGCGAAGAAGGGGAAAGAAAAAUAAUAGUAGAGGGAAACAAUUUCCUUAGAAAUUGAGUGAAUUGUAGUGUGGCGUGUGCUUGUAGUCUAUUCUGUACUGAAUUUGUUCGGCCGUUGCUUGGCGAAGAUCCGAAAAACGACAAAAUUAAAGGUGGACCGAUCUAUUGAUUUGAGAGCCUUCCCGCUUUUAACACAGACGGGUAAUCGAUUGUUUGGAUUGUGAUAUAAUCAAAAAUUUGCUGACAGCUGACAGUGAAAUUAUCAAAUAAACAUCCUGAGCAUAGCUUGCUGGAGUGCUGGGCGGUGUGCGCUAUCGUAGAUCUUGUACAUUUUGGCAGCCACGCGGAAAAGCCCACUUUCACCGACGCGUGUGCCUACAGUGUUAAUACAAAUAAAUUCUGAUUACGUACGGCUCCCCCUUCGGCGAUAUAGUUGGUUGGCUCAACUCCCGCAGCGUCAGCGAAGAGAUAGUGAGAAUAUGAAAAGUGAGGGCUUUUCCCGUUGAUUUUUUUUGCUGUACGGAUACGGUUGAAAGGGAAAGGUGCUAUUUUUGUGCUCCUGUGUUUGUAAUCUCGUAAAGUUGUGAUAACAAGAAAAUUAGAUUUGCCGGUAGGUUUCACUGCUGCUAGGUUAAAAGCACGUUCAAUCACUGUAGGAGAAAAUUGUGGAAUUAAAUUACACCGGGUUUAAAGAGCAUCGUUUGAUCGUUUAACCUACUUCGGAGUCCUGGAUUUUCAGUGUAACAGUGCAAAGAUUGACAAACAGGAAAAACUCGGAGGGAUCACAAAAUAAGUCUUCAUCAUCUUCAAUACACACAACCCGCAUCCGUCUACGUUUGCAUAAUUCUUCACCCACACCAUAAGAGCGGAAUUGUUGCUACACAAUAAAACAUCGUAUGUAUAUGCGCUCUCGAAAAUAACCGUGUAAACUGCAGCAAAGUGUUGCUCGCAAAGUUAACGAGCGGAACUUGAGAACGACACCCUGACGGCUGAAACUGCUGAAAAGCCAAAGCGAAAAGGCUCAAGUGCUCUGCAAUUAAAGCUAAACCAUGUUUCUUUGAGAGUUAGUUCGGGAUUUGGAUUUCUUUGUUUUUGGUAAAGAAUUAAGCGAAAAGAAACAGAAGCUCCCGGUCGCUCGUUCGGUCGGUCGGUCGGUAGCUGUGAUUCCGUGAAGCAGAUUGUGCUGGAAGGUGUUCCGCGUCAAAGAGGUUCCCAACGCGAAGAACCAGAACCAGUUGAACCUGGUGGCUGGAGAAAAAUUACUGCACCCACUUCCAUUCCGCAUUGUUGGGUGGUGGCACAUUCCGCAGCAGAUUGAAUUGGAAGGCGAGAGACUCUUUCAUAUUUCCCACGGCUAUAAACAGUGGGGAGGAAGGGAAAGGGAGCCAGCAAAAAAUAUCCAAACGAGUUUUUUUAACAUUUCUUUUUCGUUAUCCUUCGGAUUUCUGCUGAGAUUUGCUUUCGUUUUGUUGUGUGCAAAGUUUGCUGAAGGAUUCAACUCGAGGGAACCGCGAUUGUGGGAGUGACGUGCAGUUUUGGCACAGCUCUCUGACUACUGGUGCUGUCGAAGGAAGCAAGAAUCAUGUGGUUAUACACCCUCCUCAGCCUUGUCUUCAGCAGGAAGCUGGAUAUUACCGCCUUUUCCAUCAACACAGAUAAUCAGCUGUUUGGCUCCAAUAUAGACUUAGUUUAUGGUAGUUGUACGGUAGGAAAUACGACAUACUUUCACGGCGAAACAUUCAAAUUGGAUUGCCGAACACAAUGCGUUUGUCAGAACGGCAGGCACGCAUGUUCGACCCUGUGUCCACACGAGAACCUGCCACCACCCAACGAUACGGCGAUUUGUGUGGGGCCACGAUUGGUAGAACUUCCGGAUCACUGCUGCCGGGUGUGGCUUUGCGAGCAACCCGCAACCGACGUGAAUGCAACUUGUUAUAAUUCAUCCACAUCGCUAUGGUCAACGUGUUCUCAAAGCUGCGGAAUAGGAGUAUCUACCAGGAACAUCACCACGACGCCCGGCUGCCAGAGGCUAAGCACCGUACGGCUCUGCGAAAACCACAAAUGCAACCGACAGGACAAUAACUACUACAGCCUCGGUAACGACUAUGGCGGUGUUGCCGCUGCUGCUGCUGCUACUGCUGUUAGUGGUGAGGACGUGGAGGGUAUCGUUGGCGUAGGCGGCGGCUCGAAACGACAGCAGCGCUAUCCGGUGGCUAAUAGUUUGCUGCUUCUGGGUGAACCAGAGCAUCGCAGAAGGAAAGGCCACGAGUGUCGGAGUGUUCAGCGUACAUCCUCUUCCCGUCUGCGGCUGGGACCGUGUGUAUCGCGGAAGCUGUACAGACCAAAAACCUGUGGCCAAUGCCAGGAUCCUAAAAUGUGCUGUGUGCCUUCUAUCACCACGACUAUUAAAGUUGAACUUCUAUGUCCACUGAACUCGGGUGAUCCGUUCGAAUUCAUCGAACAUGGGUACGAUCUGUGGGACAGCGCUUUGAUCGAUCCGCUAGACCAGGAGAUGCUGCAAUCCCGUCAGAUCCAAAUCGAGAACAAAUUCGUCGAUGUGCAGUGGGUGCUGAAAUGUGAAUGUGGACCCAAAAGCAAAAGUUGUCAUCCUCGAAAGCAGGCGGAUUUAUCAAUCAGCAGCCACGGCAGGAACGACGCCAUUGGCAAUGCAGCAGCAGCCAAGUCUGUUGGUGCUGCUGCAGGCGUCCCCAGCAGACCUUCAUCGGUAGAUUUCGAAAAUACGUCGUCCCUCAGCAAACAUCACCAACACCGGCGUCGUCAACGGAAAAGCCAGCAUCGUCACGAUGAUGGCGGCAGCGAACUUUUGAAGCGGGUUCAUCGAACAUAAUAAACUGACCCUGCCCGGUAGAGUAUAUUCUGUCCCACCUGUCGGUCGCUGGUACGUACGGUAUGGUAUGGUAUGGCAUGGCUGGACGAUCAUUCGACCGGGUCGCACGGUCAAUCGAGAUGAAUGCCAGCAACACACACCGUUCGUGGAUGAAUGAAUUAGGAAAUGUUUGUGAUGUGUCCGGUUGAGUGGCCCUGCCUCUUCGAUUGCGUGGCAUGGUUGCGAGUUGACGCCAUCGGGUUUCGCCACGACUGGUCAGGACAUUGGGAAUACGAUGUUGAAUACAACAAUCGAGCCAAUCUAUCCGUUGUUUGGACAGAAUAUACAAAUUUUGAUUUGAUUUAGAAAGCAAAGUCGAUAGUGUGGAGCGAAACGAAAAACACAUCACUAAAGUGACUUAUAUACAUACAUAUUGGAAUCGUGUCCGUGAUACGGUUGAACCGAGGCUACAAAGUAUAAAGGUUGGGAAAAAUUAUAUUUCCGGCCGAUAGAGAUCCGGUUCACAAUCGAUAGCGUGUGAUUGUACAUAUAGUAGACCUGUUUUUGUAUGAACCGAGUGAAUUUGUACUCGAGGCUGGAUAAAAUAAAAAAAAGCGAGAGGUGAUCAGGUGUUUCAGUAGGAAAAUAUUUACAGAUCAGAAGUGAGCAAAUGAGAAACGAUUUUUAAUACCACACACACAAGCUAAAUAAACGGAAUCAAUUGCUAGGUCAGAGAUCUAUUUCACGCUUGAAUGACAAAAAAGGUACCGCUGAAUUAUUCACCAAACCGGACAGAAGUUCUACUUGUGAGCUAUGAAAAGAAAUGCCAGCACGUGAGUGAGUAGGGGAAAAGUGAUUUUUCAGCCAAUUUACCACUCGCAGCAUACGCGACCAAUACGAGUGACAUCUAUUUCGGACACACACUCAACACGUACACUACGACCUUUCAUAUCGUUUUCCAGAACCUCACAAAACUCUGAACUAUAUUACGUAGCAUUUAGCGAUGGUAUAUCCCUGCCUGGUAUGCAGUAUUCGCUGCAAACUCACAAAUAGCACAUUCUCAAUCAUAGAACGGUUUCAAAAAGUCGUCAUGUCAUUUGAACCAUCCGCAUCCGAGCCGUAUCUCUUUCUCCAUCGCUGUUUGAGGUAGUUUAUCUUUUCUUAAAUUUCUUAUCAAUUUAAUGGAAAACGUUCCUAUUUGGCAUGUAUGUUAUAAGGAAGAUACUUAGGCACACGACGUUAUGAGCACGCAAUCCUUCUAUCACCUGUUUCUGAUGGAAAAUGUUGUCCAUGCUUUUCCAAAGGAGACGCGGCGAUUAUUUUUAGUCAUACCUAAAUUCGAAACGCUAUGUGGCGCGCAAUUUGUCGCAAUUCUUUUAUUAUGAGAUCAAUCAAAGUUUUAUACUAUAAAUACAAAGUUUUAGUAUUACAAUCCUAGUGCGGACUUUUGCUCAUUUGUUUCAAAAGACUUCGUUUCUCCGCGAGAUGCGCGUAAGUGUCUCUAAUAACGGACCCGCCCAACCCAUUUUGACUUCCCUUCAGUAACAGCAAUGAUGUGAAGGUUUCAUGAUAACCUAUCUCGGGGCUACCAGCGUUCAUUGGAAACACAUUGAACUGAUGGUGGCUUCAUAUCACAUCACAUCGUUUGUCUCAACAGAUUUCGCUGCCGAUUCUUAGCGUGCAUGGAAAUAGUUGGGUAACAUCUUGUUCGUAGGCACCCCGAAUCGCCAGACCAGAACAAUUUUGUCGUUACCACCCUAAUUAAUAAUUGAAAAGAAUACAAUUUUAACGCAAUGAGUCGUAAUUAUUUAAACAAAAAAUUAAUUUUUACCGUAAUGACAAUUGCUUUUAGACACCUUAAUAGCAGAUUUUAGAUAUAUUUUAAUGUUAAAAAUGCAUUCAGUACACAAAAUUACUUGAUUCUGUCCAGUUUGAUCCAAUUUCAACAAAGUUUUGAAUUUACUGCAUCUUUUUUUUCCUUUUCUCGUAUAGAAAGAUUAUACAAUUACUCUGAAAAUUGUUAUCCUUAUCUCGACCCUGAGGGCCGAGUGUCGACCAUUCGACUCAGUUCAUCGAGAUCGGCAAAUGUCUGUAUUUGUGGGUGUUCGUGUAUGUGUAUUUCAUAGCAUGACUAAUUUUUCUCAGAGAUGGCUGGACCGAUUUGCACAAACUUAGUCUAAAAUUAAAGUACAGCCUUUCCAUCUGUUGCUAUUGAAUUUUUCGUCGAUCGGAGUUUCGGUUCCUGAGCUACGGGUUGGACAGUUUGUGACCAGCAGAGUUUAUGACCAGCAGAGAAUCAACGACGUCAAUGACAGCCUCGGACUGCCACGACAGUACGCAGCAUGACAUUCGGUGGUCCUCCUUGGACACGCGUAGAGAAAUUGGGCCAGACUUUCAGGUCUUUUUCGUUUUUAAUUUUGGUUGCUACCAGCCCAUGGACAACUUGACAGGUAGUGCUUGUUUCAUAUAUGUACCACCGACUUGAUGGUGGCGCUAGUAUGCCUUCUCUGUACGAGUACAACGAACAACGAAACGAAAAAAAUUCAAGAGAAACAUACGCGCUUCGUUACGUAUGUUAUGAACGUUGUCAAUGUGGCUAGAACAACAUUUAGAAAAAGCGUAUUCCAAAAUGUAGAUAAAGAAAACUAUUAUUAGAUAAUAAAUGUAUCCCUAAUUGGAAACCGUCAGCAAAGUUACAUAAAUCCUAUUAUAAAUUUUGCUGGAAGUCGUUGUUUUUAGCAACCGGCUCUCUUCCUUCCUAAAAAUGUUUUGGUUUUCGUGUUGUGUGAAGUUUGUAAUCGGUUGGUGAUUUUUUUCUCAAGAAAUAUAAAUGAAAAACAUUUUGGCCAAUGAAAGUAAACCUACGACCUUGUUUCAAGUUAACUAAGAACGUCAAGAAUUCUAGUAUUUUGAUCGGAAAAAUAAACAGUAUAUGUAGGAUUUAAGACACAUUUAACAAAAUUGGUUUGAAAUAGAAUUUGUGUGCUUUUAUCAGAAUUCUGGCCAGCAAACCGGUAGUGCUCGGUUUCAGCAAGAAUGCAGCCAGAAAUGUACAACUUUGUUCGAUUAUUGACAGAGUUUUUUUCGACUUUUGCAAUAAUUCUGUCUGGAAGAUAUUGCGAUGGUUUUGGUACGGAUCCCUUCAGAAUUAUUCUGGUAUUUUACUCGACCCAAGUCUGAUAGAAACUUAACGGAACGGCAUCUACCGGACGAUUUCAUGCCUGGGGAGAUGUUGAUUCGAUCCGGAAGGUUUUUGGAAAUCUUAAUAUAAGUGGAAGUGGCAUGAUUUUGAAAGUCAUCUUCUUGUGUUUCCGAAAAUCGAUUUAUUUUAUUUUGGAUUUUUUAAAUUCAAAAAUGGAAUUUAUGUUUCUGUUUAGGUAUGUUGGAAUGAGGAGAGUUUCUAAUUUGAACAGCGAAAUAAAUUUGAUGAUAGAAAUGCUUUUUUAAUUUUUUCAAAUAUGGAAAAUAAUAAAUGGGAUGCGCCUUUUUCAAAUUUUACUCCAUUUGAGCCGCCAUGAAAUCACCAAAUCACCACAAAAUUUGCUUAUGAGUUAUAUAUGGUAGCUGUCAAGUUGUCCCAGGGCUGGUUGCUACAAUCACAGCAGUGAGAAUUAAGACGAUCACGUAGUAGCGCUUUGGUGUAAGUCGGCAUCACUACGGUAGUGCAACGACUUCCGAGAACGAGCAAAAGAUAAAAGAGAGAGUUGCUAUAUUUGGAUAUUGAUUGUUGUAAGAGGUAGAUGAAUUACAUAUAGGCGAGAUCGUGACUUGCCAUUACAUCCCGAACUGGAACGUUGGAUGGAGUUCCACGGGUCUGAAGGGAAUCAAAUAACUGAGACCUGGCGCCACAAUAUUUAGCGCACGUCCAGACAACAUACUCGAUGUCGUGAUAACCAUCCCCACAAUCGAAGUUACUACUUUCAACAAGGCAAAUACGCCGAAGAUGCGCAUCCAAUAUUUUUUUUUGUAUGUAAUAUGCAAUGAUUCUGACCCAAAUCCAUCCCCUUAAACCAAAGUUUCGUCGACAUCUUCUGGAUAGAAUGUAACCAUUGCUCCACGAGGUCUGUCAACUCUCGAGUGACUGUCCGAGAUGAUUCUUGGGUAAAGUAUCAAUUUUUUGCCUUUCUCUCAUAGAAAGGUUAUGCAAUCACUCUAAAAAUCGUCAACAUAAUCCCGGCCCGGAGGGCCGAGUGUCAUAUACCAUUUGCCUGAGUUCGUCGAGAUCGGAAAAUGUAUGUAAGUAUGUAUGUGUGUAUAUGUGUGUAUGCGGAAAAAAUACCACCUCUGUUUCUCAGAGAUGGCUGGACCGAUUUGCACAAACUUAGUCUCAAAUGAAAGGUACAAUCUUUUUUUUUUGACGAAAAUUGACCUUUUUGGACUUUGGCAUAUUUUUGCCUUUCUCAUAUAGAAAGGUUAUGCAAUCACUCUAAAAAUCGUCAAGCUAACCGGAUGGAGGGCCAAAUUUUUUUUUGACCUUUAAAGGCUUAGGUAAGAGUAUGCAAUGAGGAGUUGCUACUGUAAAAAUAAAACUAGUUUAAAAUUUCUUAAGUUGAAAAUUUUCGGCAGGGUCCGGACCCCCCGAAUCUUCCUCCUUGAUUUGCCGCUGAUUUCAAGCGAUGUUUAAGUGUCGACACAUAGUAUCUCAAGAUCUUGUAUGUAUGAGUAAAUCGUACUGAAUAUGUAAUAUACAUUUUCAUCAUUGUAUUGAACAUAACCAGCCAUGGAAUCGUAGUUUGGACAAAUGAGAAAGGCACAAUUGCACCACUAGGUGGAUUAAAACAGGUUUUUCUGAUAUAUUUGACACGGCUCAAUGCGUUAGCUCAACUUAGUCGUGGAUUUUUUUGUGUUUUUACAAGAUGAAAAAAUAAAAAAACGUUGCAGCCUGUCCGCCGGGUCUUGUUGAUGCAGCUUGCUGCUGCGUGCGCACCUUGGAGGGCAUUCGGUCUGUCUGCUCUCGCGUUUUUGUUCACGUCCAUGUCGUCAUCGGUACUGCAUUCAUGAUGCUCACGGAUGUUCUUAUUUGUUGUUCGUGCUCACGGGUCGCUGUUGUAAAUCCUUCUUCAUCGAUAUUUGAUUCCUUAUCGGUGGUGUUGUUUGUUGUUUACUUCGAUGUUGGUAAGGGCAGUUGGUUUUGCGGUACUGGGCUCGAUCGUUGUUGAACUCGUGUUUGUUUCUGCCCGGUCCGCAGUCGUUGGUUUACCACCCGGACGUGGUUUAGCAUACGACAACUGUAUACCGGCUUUGGUCGUAGCUGGUGGAAUUUCUGCGCAAGGUUUUUCAUGGUGUAGCGGCUGAUAACAAUAUUGGCACGUAGGAAUCUGCCCUGGGUACGUGACUAGUGUUCGUUGAGAAUAUUCAACACCUUGAGGUGAUUUGCAUGAGAUGGUAAAGUAGGAGGGAAUAGGUUUUGUCGGACGCAUUCUCACCACACGAACGCCGUUGCAAAGUUCUGGAAAGUAGUUCUUCCAACUAUCUUUCUUAACAUGUUCGCAAGGAAGCGAAAGCAGAAACACCUUUACUCCGGCAAAAUCGUUAUUUGGUACAACCUGAUCAGGUCUCCUGGGUCGGCACCGCACCAUGUCUCAGUUAUUGUGCUGAGCAACUUGAUGCUUUGUUGACAUUUCUGUUUCAGAUACCUAAUGUGGCAUCCACCUUUAGAGUCGAACCAGAUCCCAAGAUAUUUAUACGUUAAAACCUGAGCAAUAGCUUGAUCCAUCACUGGAAGCUGUACUUGCGCUUUCUUGAAAAUACAAAUAGCUCAGUAGACAAAUUGUCGAAAAUAUCUUGCAAUGGUCCUUGCAGAUCGACAGAUUUGGGUCCCAUACCAAAGAUCGCUCCGUCAUCCUCAAGGUGCGUUUGCUUGCAAGAAUUGACAAAACAUUCGUCAAUGUCAUUCGCGUAGAAGUUUUAGUGUUGGGGUAUAAGACCCAUGAAGCUAUAUAUAGACGUUGUUGAAUCACCAUGCAAAAAUUCAUAUGCUUUUCUGGCAACAAGUUUAGUAAAAAGUUGGUUAAAGUCGGUGGAAAACUAUGCUCGUGCAGUUUAUCUGAAAGAACGGUUAUAGACACUGAGUCAAGCCAUUUUGAUUACAAUCAUGUCCCAAACGAUAAAGUGCUUAUGACAGCUCCUUGUAUGUAUAUGAAGACGGCGGUCUAGCUAAUUUCCGAUUUUAUUUUACGCUUUGUUGCACGGGCGAAGAAACUCUGCUCUAAACAAACUUGAAGCACCAGGGUAAAGUGUUUCAUCAUAAACAAUUAGAUAUGACACAUUUUUCUUGCAGAUAGACUUUGAAAGCACUUCAUUCUGCGAGAUAUAAAUGAACGUAGGGUGUUUGUUCCAUUAUUCACCUCAAAAGGAUGUUAUUGCGUAAAUGUUCACUUCUCAAACAAUAUUAAGUAGACCUAAACGAUAUUUUUUCUUGAAAGGGGUCCUCUGAAAAUAAUGUUUUUUAACACUUUGUGAUGGAUGGAUGGAUUGCAGGAAAACCAUCAUAGUAAAUUGGAUGAGACUUUUUGGGUUCGAAUAGUUUAUUAUUGAGCUUUUAACAUGAAUUUUUGAGAUUUUGUGUUCGAUGUGGUUUGACCUCUGUUUGACCUGGAAUGCAACCCUCUCAAAAAUGUAAGGUCUAACGGUUGGCAGGAUUCCGGUCAAUUCAUCUGAAAUAGAAAAUUCAGAGGAAUUUAUUUUUGUAUCCUCUCGGCUACACGGUUUUUCCAAAAUCCGAAAGUUUCGCGAAAUGGUUGGGUUUGAAAAAAAUCCCGUGGUUUUGGUUAGAAAAAAAAACUGUACGUUUUGAAAAAGUACUUUGAAAACCUUGUGUCAGACGAUAGCGGUUCGUUUUCCCGAGUUGUUCCAAGUCGAUUUAUAAAUUAGUCUUUGAGAUAUAUUGCGUACUAGUUGCAAACACACUUUUGGGAAAACUGCAGAAUCGAAUUAUAGUGGACAAUGUGUAUCCACGUUCAUAGCUCGGGGAAAACUAAGCUAAUGCGUAUUCCGUCAAAACCUUUUAGGAGCGUAUUGGUAAUUUGUUGAGGACCCCCUUAAUAAAUUCAUUUAAGACCAAAUGCGGAAACUGAAUGAGGCCGAUUGUUCUUUUUUACAACUAAAAACAACUAAAGAUCCUUUUACUAGACGGAUAUAUAUUGUCAGUGUUGUCCACUGCAACCUGAGGUACCAUUGGUGUGUCUUCUCUCGCGUCAUCGUUCACGUCCAAGUCAACAUCAUUACUACUUUUUCAAUGUUUACAGUCGUAUGUUAUUUGCUUCCUGUUUACUUAGGUCGCUGUGGUAAAUCCGUUUUGUCGUCAUCUGGUUCCUUUUUACUGGAGCUGGUUGUUGGUUUGAGUACUGGACACGAUCGUUGUUGAGUCAAUAUUAGUUACUGUCUGAUCCGCAGAUGUUGGUUUUGUAACUGUUUGCGGUUUCUCAUAAAACGAUUGUGAUUUUCAUUGGAUUGUCGGAUUUUCCUUAACUCAACUUCUCCGGAUUUAAAUAGCGCUCUGCUUUUGACGAUUUAUGUUCGCAGAUCCCGAACAGUUAUCUUUUUAUGCUGGCAUCACCAGUUUGCUGAAUCCUCGAUCUCUGCAUCUUGAGUAAAUCUGACUACGCGCCAAAAAUUACCGCUGCACCGUUCCCCCUGGUAAAGAUUGUUAGACACCACCCUCCCCUAAAUAGUGCUUGAAGCGAUUCGUGUGAAGCAUGACUGCAAUGUUACUAACACCGUCAGAAAUAUUGCACUCAUCUGCAAUCUCCACUUUAGAAGAGCCGACUAUAAUAGCAUUAUUGACUUCCUGUCGGAUAUCCACUGGAACGAAAUUCCCGACAAUGAUGAUGUCAACGUUGCAGUGCAGACCUUCUCCAAUGUUAUGAGCUAUGCUAUCGAUAGCUAUGUAUCCAAAAGAAGCGGCCUUCAAUCUAAGCACCCAGUGUGGCGAACUGCCGAGCUAAGACGAUUAAAAACGACUAAAAGAACCACUCCACAGAGGAGUAUUUGACCGAAAAAGCUGGCCGAAAGUCAUAUUUUAAAAAACCGUUAUCAAGGACAUUAUAUCGUAUCAUAAUAUUCCCUAGUAAUUUCUGCGUUAGAUGGCAACCACAUUGCGUGUAUUUACUAAAGUUUGGCAAAGCUGUUAACUGUCAAAUGUAGGGGUUUUUAAUACUCCAGGCUGAUUUAAAGUUGCGCGUGGAAACAAAAUCUUUCAAACAUUGGUGAUUCGAAUUGUUCCGACUCAAAUAUUAUAUGUUUUUAAUAAAGCAAGGUCAGGGUCAUAUUUUAGUGUAGAUGGAUCCAUGUACUCUAAAAAAUAUCAGUAUUAUUAAACUUAAAUACAAAGAAAAAAAUCCGCGAUUUUUUUUACUUUUCAAAAUUGAAAAAGUUCAUGUUCCCAAUCCGUCCCAGUGAAAACUCUUGUGCCCUGAUUAAGUUUAAUCCAAAUACUACUAGAUCGAUGAAAAACAAUCUUGCGCAAAAUUGUUCCUCCCUUUAAUAGCGUUUUUCUCGAAAUCGCGUUUUUCACGCGAACACGAUAACCCAAAAACUAAUCAACCAAUGACUAUUUUUUUAUGAAAAUGCCCAAUAUGUGUAGUUUUCUCGAAUCCAUUUUCCGGAACUCGAACUUUUUCAAUUUUUUGGUUCACUGACUAACUACAAGUCUAAACUUUGCAAAACUUAUUGAAUUUUCCGUAUUAGACAAUUUUAUCGAGAGUUAUCGCGUUCGCCGCGGCGCUCCUCGACUUGGAAAUGGUUGGAAAAUAUAUUUUUUUUUCGUUCACAAUGAAUGUAUGAAGUGAUGCAUUACACAAAAGAUCUAUUGUUGCAGUGCCUUCAAAAUCGUAAAAUAAAAUAACUUUCGUUUUGAGCACUUUACACCAGACGCUCCCCUUAUAUCACAUUCGUUCGAAAAGCGAUCCGUCAUAAUACACAACAAUAUAUCAAAUCCAAAGUAUCUUCUUCUUACCGCGUCAUCUCGCCGCGCCUCAACAUGCUUCUCUUUCGACUAUCAAAAGUCGAAUGAGGCACAAAAAUACAUGCGCAACUUUGUAUGGACCGACAAAAAUUUAGAUUGCCUUCUUACUUCUCAUUCGACUAGCGGACGACGAAUGAAGUAAUUGAAAUCAGUUUUUGCAUUGUUUUUAGAAGAAAUACAUACUACUUUUCCAACUGAUUAAUACAAACAUUGUAGUAACUGUAGUAGAAUAGUAACUUUCAAUAUCUCUCCCUCGUCUUUCUGCCGACAAAUAAAAAUUAAAAGGUGUUUAGAAUUUGCGCGAUACGUAUCCUCGGAAUAAUAACUUAUUUAAUUAAUUUACUAAUUUAUUUUCCCUAUUAUUAACUUAUUUUGCGACAAACUUACUCAAAUAUGAAGCAACCUUUGAACUGAGCCUAGAUGUAAAUCUCUUGGGAUUUGUAUUUAGAAUGGACGAUUGAAAAACAAGAUCUAUUUUAAAAACUAUGUCGUUUCGUUUAAUUUAAAAUGGAAUGCUUUUGCUACUAGAACUAUUUUAAUUCCACUAAGAGCAGUUGUUUCAAAUCAAUGUAGCGUAUUACGAUUGAACUGGCUUGUACGGUUGUUUAAGAGACUACAAUUUCCAUCGUUUUUUAUUUCCUAAAUUAUCAUUUUCUAGCUUUUUUAUCAUAAACUAUGAUUUUUUUUAGUUGUGUGUCAUUUAUUUUAAUAUACACAUUUAUCAUUGAAGUAAUUUUCGGAAAAGCAACUACGUGAUUCUAAAAUGAACGGCGUAGGUACGUUUUACAUAAUUAUACUUUCAGUGACGGCAAAAUAAUCUCGUAGUUAAUUUAUAGGUAGAAAUUAGAAGAAGAAAGUUUUUUGUGUCAUUCCUUUAACUAGAUAACAACUGCACAACUUAUGUUUUUUCUUGCUUGAAGUUAUAUCAACAUAGGGCGAGAUGAAUAUAUGCACUAAGAUGAAUGAUGAAGCGAUUCUCCUAUGUAGGAAAAGAGUUUACCUACCAUCUUGCUUCUGUUUACGGUUCGUUAAUAAACGUCACUCAAACAGCGAGAGAGAUAGAUAAUGAACGUGCUCACACCUAGCCCCUGAGGAAGAAACACCAUCAUCAACUUAUGAAAAGUGUGGUGAAUAUAUUUCACCUGGUAAUUCUAAAUUGAUCACUAAGCGGUGCAGUAUGCACUUGCAGCCCCUUCCCGAAACUGUAUGUCAUAAUGUGAUCCGUGGUAAACCGAGCGGGGGUGGAUGUGCGGGUCGGAGAGCAUAAUCGCAUAUUCAAAAACGUGCUGACAUGUAGAAAGAUUGUUAUACUUAUACAUUCACAUAUAUACACGUCACAGAUAGCUUCGUCGGUUCGGAAAAGGAUAUACAUAUUGUAUAGGGAAGCAUUGAAGUAGGUGGAAAUAAGGAACAUACAUACAGUAUCGUUUAUAAAUUCACGAACUCGACAAAAAAAAUUAAACAAAAAUAGUUAUUCUCAUCUUUCGAACACAGCUAACAAUAAGCAAAUGGUAUUCGAACAUGCUGUUAGCAUGUUUAUAGUAAUUCGAGUUCACGAACUCAUAACCGGUACUGUAGAAGAAACACUUCAUUCGGUGAACGCUAGAUGAAGCGAUCUCGUUUGUGCAUGGAAAUCUAGUGGUCUGAAUCUACCGAAUCUAACGAGAUAAGUAUUUUGAAUUAAAAUAUGCGCUACAUGCUGGAACGGUUCGGUUCAUGAAAUGGAAGAACCGACGAAAUGAGUGAUGCGAGACAGCAGUAUUCGGUGGAAAUCGAAAUUGCAGGUAGCGUAGCGUGAUCAACGCUCUGUUAGGAUAGCAUUCAUUAUAUUCCUUGGUAGACACAGACUAUUUGAAAAUAUUGCUUUCGAAAUAAAUUUUCUUUAGAAAUAUGAAAA